UUGGUAUAUAUAGUCAGUGAGGCUAUCAGAGUUCUCCUGGCAGCCAUCAUGAAGGGUAUAGUCUCAAUCUGCUGCUUCUUCAGCCUGCUUGUCCUGGCCUUAGCAGAGGAGGAGGUGGAGGAUGUCCUGAGCCACAUCCUGAGAGACAGAUCACACAUCGACGAGACACUGAGGCUGGCCUCUGAGGAGAACGCAGCAGAACACUAUCAUGCUGCUAUUCAGAAGUUACGUAAGAUCUACCACUCAGCCAUCAAGCCCAUGGAACAGGCCUAUAAGUACAACGAGCUCAGAGCACAUGAGAUCUCAGGCGGACGAACACUGGGGGAUGGGAACACAGAUGGGGAGAUCACCUCCAAGCCCAUGGUGUUGUUCCUUGGGCCCUGGAGUGUAGGCAAGUCCUCCAUGAUCAACUACCUGCUUGGCCUGAAGGACAGCCCCUACCAGCUGUACACAGGUGCUGAACCCACUACCUCUGAGUUCACUGUGAUCAUGCACGGCGAGAAGACCCGCUCCAUAGAGGGUAUCGUCAUGGCGGCCGACAGCUCGCGCUCCUUCUCGCCCCUGGAGAAGUUUGGGCAGAGCUUUCUUGAGAAGCUGAUUGGCAUUGAGAUGCCCCACAAGCUGCUGGAGCGCGUCACCUUCGUGGACACGCCUGGAAUCAUUGAGAACCGCAAGCAGCAGGAGAGAGGCUAUCCCUUCAACGAUGUGUGCCAGUGGUUCAUCGAUCGUGCUGACCUCAUCUUCGUGACCUUUGACCCCACCAAGCUGGACGUGGGCCUGGAGCUGGAGAUGCUCUUCCGCCAGCUGAAGGGCCGUGAGUCCCAGAUCCGCAUCAUCCUCAACAAGGCAGACAACCUGGCCACCCAGGACUUGAUGCGUGUCUACGGUGCCCUCUUCUGGUCGCUAGCACCCCUCAUCAACGUCACAGAGCCCCCAAGGGUCUACGUCAGCUCUUUCUGGCCAUUCGACUACGCACCCGACACCAGUCGCGAGCUGUUUAAGCGCGAGGAGAUCUCCCUCUUGGAAGACCUCAACCAGGUGAUCGAGAACCGCAUGGAGAACAAGAUCGCCUUCAUCCGCCAGCAUGCCAUCCGGGUGCGCAUCCAUGCACUUCUGGUGGAUCGCUACGUUCAGACCUUCAAGGACAAGAUGAGCUACUUCAGUGACCCGGACCUGGUGUUCAAGGAGAUCGUGGACGACCCGGACAAGUUCUUCAUCUUCAAGUCCAUCCUGGCCAAGACCAACGUGAGCAAGUUCGACCUGCCCAACCGUGAAGCCUACCAGGACUUCUUCGGUGUGAAUCCGAUUGGCAGUUUCAAGUCCCUGUCCACCCAGUGCUCCUACUCAGGCGGCUGCCUGCUGGACAAGAUCGAGAAGGCCAUCACCAGUGAGCUGCCGGGUCUUCUAAGCAGCAUCAACCCAGGCAAGGCCCCCCCCGGCCUGUCCUCCUGCGAGGCCACUGGAUGCGGAGACAAGCCUAAGAACCGCUAUCGGAAAAACUGAUAGAAUACGAGAGAGAGGAGGAGGGAAGAGAAGAAAGGAAGAAGAGGAGGUGUGAAGGAGUGAUAAAGGAGAAAAGCGGAAUGGUGACAUUUGUCAGACCCCCGGUCUUGUCAGAAGCCUGUAAUGUUGUUGUUUGAGGAGACAGAGAAGUGAAGGGUUAAUUUAGAGGGUUGUUUCUCAGGAGAACAAGAGGUGGUGGUGUGUUGAGGGUUUGGGGAGAGGAAGAGAUGGAGGGAGGAAGGGUUUGUGUGUAUGAUUUGGCAGCUGAGAGUAAUAGUUGCUUGGAGAGAUGAGAAGAUUACAGAAUAACUCAUCUCCCUCCUCUCUUCCUUGCACAACCACAAUGAACUGUCUGUGAUUGCAGGAAAAAUAUGUAAAAUUGUAUAAAAAAAAAUAAUUGUGAGACUGAAACAGUCAACCACCAGCUCCCUUGUAUGUGAAUAAAAUGGGAAAUUGGAAACAGGA